CCAGUUAAAGCAAAGCUCCUAUGAUCUCACAGAGACUGAAGCAGCAAGCCCAAAGGCUGCAGGGAUCUGCACCAGAUUCCACUCCAGAUGUGUGCUUUGAGGAGGACUCUGGCUUUGAGGUUACUGAUCUUCAUCACUAUUUUGUUGUCUGAAUCACAUUGUGCAGAUAUGAAUCAAACAACAGAACAGAACAGUUCAUUACCUGGAGAAGCUAACACUACAGUGUCUGUACAGAUGGGUACAAAGGUUCUGCUGCACUGCCCUCCUGUUCCACUGACAAAGGCAGUAGCAAUCACAUGGGUGAUAACCCCCAGAGGCAGACCUGUCUGCAUAAUAGCCUACAAAGCAGACACAAAUGAGACCAGGGAACACAACUGUACCGACAGGAGAAUCACCUGGGCCUCCACACCUGACCUGAGUUCUGACCUGCAGAUCACUGCAGUGGCCCUCGAGCAUGCUGGAUAUUACUCAUGUCAGAUAGCAGUAGCUGAUGGGUUUUUCCAAAAAGGACAUGACCUCCAAGUGCUAGUGCCCCCUGAAGUAACCCUAUUUCUGGGUGAAAAUAGAACUGCAGUGUGCGAGGCAAGUGCAGGCAAGCCGGCUGCGCAGAUCUUUUGGACUCCAGAUGGGGGCUGUGCCACUAAGAGUGACCCACACAGCAAUGGCACCGUGACUGUCAGGAGCACAUGCCACUGGGAGCAGAACAACGUGUCUGCUGUGUUCUGCUUUGUCUCCCAUUCGACUGGCAACCAGAAUCUGUUCAUAGAACUGAGUAGAGUUACUCUCUUCUCCCUGCAUUCCCUGCUGACCAUUCUUUAUGUGAAAUGUAGCCUGUUGGGGAUUGUUCUGCUCAUCAUAGGAUUUGGAUUUUUCAAGAAGAGAAUUAAUCUCAGAACAUGAAAAUCCAGAUUUCUGGAGGCCUAUCUUGUUGAUACAAUGCAUGAAAACAGCCAUUUGCAAUAAAGUAUCUGGUUGAAAUCCAGCUUAGCUGUUCCUGAUGUCUUCAUGUUUGUUAGAAAUCACGGAAUAGGUGGAAGCCAUGCAGUAUGAAAAUCUAUGCAAAGCUUGGUGCUUACCAUCACAUAUGCUCUGAAUGAUCCAUCUACUCUUUCACUUCCCCACUUCUCAGGCCAGAGAAGAAGAUGGCUUAGCAAAAGUUGAACAACAGUGCUGGGUGAUUUUCCUUCACCCAAGUCCUCCUGGAAUGCUGUCCAUCAACUCCUUGUUCCUAGAUUCAUUGUAUAUAAUCAUAAAUGCUGCACUGUCAGGUGCCCUGACAACCAUCCUCUUCAGCAUCUGACUUUUUUGAACAGUGGUGCUCAGCCAUUAUCUGUCCUUCUUCCUUUCUUUGAUUGCUUAUGACCAAGUAGCAUGACAGUUGCCUUUUGUAUUAAUCAUUGAAUGCAUGA